CGUGUCCGGCAGCUUCCUGUUUGGGGGAGGCGGCUCCAUUACAACACGCGUGGAUCUGUGUGUGGGGAGUGUUUCUCGGGAAUGGACGAAUUACCCGCGGAGAUCAGAACGUUUCUCGCCGAACAUCCCUGUUUUCAGCUCACAGAUGACAAAAAGAUCAAAUGCACCCUGAACGGACACGAGAUGCCCUGCAGCCUGACGGAGCUGCAGGGCUUCAUCCAGGGGAGGAAAUAUAAGAAACUGACCACAGAAGCAGAGUUCAACUACAGCCAGUAUGAGCCUCACAUUGUACCAAGCACGAAGCAACCCAAUCGGCUCUUCUGCAAACUGACCCUGAGGCACCUCAACAGGAAACCAGAUCAUGUCCUGAGACACGUCAGUGGGAAACGCUUCAAGAAGGCCCUGUCUCAUUAUGAGGAGUGUGUGAAGCAGGGGGUCGAGUACGUUCCAGCCAGACUGAAGCAGAAGAAGCCCAAAAACACAGGAGAGGAAAGGAGCCGGCCCCCAAAGAGACAACCCAACGGCAUGUGGCAACCUCCGUCGAGCGACGACGAAGGCAGCGACUCUGAAGACAGCAUGAGCGACCUCUAUCCAUCUUCAAUGUUCACUUGUAAAAAUCCAGAGGAGGAAAGUAAAGAGGGUGGAGCUGAUGGUGAAGACGGCGAUGACUUCAUGACAGAUGAAGAUGAGGAGAUGGAAGUGGACAACCAGGUGGUACAGAAGCGCAAAAAGGUCCAAGGUGGAGGCUUCCAGAAGAAAGCCAGAAAUAACCGGUGGAAAUCAGGACACAAGAAACACAAAAAUGCCCAAAAUGGAAAGUAACCCGUGAAUGCACAUAUGUACAGUAUUUCUAUUGCUGGAUGUCUGUCAGGAGGCAACGCUGACAUCCAGUGUAGACCGUGGAUUUAAACCAGCAUCCGUUAAAAAAAGGAUGCUGUCGACUUCUGGGAAAUGCUUUCUCUUUCAGAAGUCCUGAUGUCCGCACAGCUGGUUUUUUAUGACAUAAAAACGUUUAUCUCUUCGCCAGUUGGACUUUUUUUUUGUGAUUUCUAAUCUGAUGCACAUGUAAAAAAAAAAUAAUAAUACAGCUUCAUUUAAAUUGU